UUCCACCGAGUCGUCACGGUUGCUCAUAUUUAUUAAGCGGGAGGCAGCGGCAACAAGGAACUGGCUGCUUCUGGUUUCAAGGCACACAAAAAUACAUAGCGGAGCCGGGUACGAAGAUAAUACAAAGAAAAAGAGGACCAUUCUCACGUUUAAAUCUGAAGACUAACGGAGUCAGACCCCCUAAAAGAGGAGCUUGGACGGCAUGCAAAGUUGUGAAAUAUCUUCAGACAGCACUGAUGACCCCCUUAGUAGAGACCUACGCACUCAUCGACAGCCUCGAAUAGUAGUGAUCGGCGCAGGCUUGGCCGGUCUCGCAGCUACCAAAAGCCUCCUGGAAAGCGGCUUUACCGAUGUCACAGUCCUAGAGGCUUCGGAUCACAUCGGAGGGAGAGUUCAAAGCGUUCAGCACGGACAAACGACCUUGGAGCUCGGAGCCACCUGGAUCCAUGGCGCCAACGGGAACCCAGUGUACCACCUGGCCGAGGACAACGGGCUGCUGGAGCACACCACGGACGGUGAGCGCAGCGUGGGCCGCAUCAGCCUGUACACCAAGAACGGCGUCGCCCACUACCAGACCAACAGUGGCACCAGGAUCCCCAAGGACCUGGUCGAGGAGUUCAGCGACCUAUACAAUGAGGUGUAUAAGCUGACUCAGGAAUUCUUCCAGAAUGGCAAACCAGUGUGUGCUGAGAGUCAGAACAGCGUUGGCGUGUUCACACGAGACGUGGUGCGCAAGAAGAUCGAGCUGGACCCCGACGACUCAGAGAGCACCAAAAGGCUCAAACUGUCUAUGCUGCAGCAAUACCUCAAGGUGGAGAGUUGUGAGAGCUCGUCACCCAGCAUGGAUGAGGUAUCCCUGAGCGAGUUUGGCGAGUGGACAGAGAUCCCCGGGGCCCACCACGUCAUCCCGGGUGGAUUCAUGAAGAUUGUGGACCUCUUGGCGCAGGACAUCCCGUCCCGCAUGAUCCGCCUGGGGAAACCCGUCCGUUGCAUCCACUGGAACUACUCCGCCCAACAACAGGAGGAGAUUGACCUGGGCGGCAACAACAAUCGCCGCAGCAAUGGCAACCACAACGACGACUGCAGAUGCCACGCUGGUGCCAAUCCCAACCAUGGCCACUCCUACCCCGUCGGUGUGGAGUGCGAGGACCUCGAGUCGCUCCCUGCCGACCACGUGAUCGUCACCGCCUCCCUCGGCGUCCUCAAGAAUCGCCAUGAGGCACUCUUCUCGCCCUCGCUGCCUGAAGAAAAAGUCCUCGCUAUCGAAAAGCUCGGCAUCAGCACCACAGACAAGAUAUUCCUGGAGUUUGUCGAGCCCUUCUGGAGCCCCGAGUGCAACAGCAUCCAGUUCGUAUGGGAGGACGAGGCGCAACUGGAGCAGCCGGUGUACCCAGAGGAGCUGUGGUAUCGUAAGAUCUGCUCAUUCGACGUGCUCUACCCACCUGAGCGCUACGGCUACAUGCUCAGCGGAUGGAUCUGCGGCCAGGAGGCGCUGCUCAUGGAACGCUGCGACGACGAGACGGUGGCUGAGACGUGCACUGAGCUGCUGCGCCGCUUCACAGGGAACCCUGACAUUCCGAAGCCGAGGCGGAUCCUGCGCUCAUCUUGGGGCAGCAACCCCUACAUCCGCGGCUCCUACUCAUUCACCCGGGUGGGCUCCAGUGGAGGGGACGUGGAGAACCUAGCCAUGCCUCUGCCUUACGCCAAGAGCACCAAGGCUCCGCCUCUUCAGGUGUUGUUUGCGGGGGAAGCAACCCAUCGGAAAUACUAUUCCACUACCCAUGGUGCACUGCUGUCAGGACAGAGAGAGGCCACUCGUCUGACGGAGAUGUACCAGGACUUGCACAAAGAAACCACAAAGCCUAACAUGUAAAAACGAGAAAUGAACCACUGACUAGUGAUAAAGAUAAAAAUUUAAGUUUGCGUUGAAUGCUUUCUAUAUUUUAAACAGAACAUUAUUAAGUUAUACAUGUAAAAGCAUAGAAAGGGCAUUACAAUUAUAACAAUGAUAAUGAUGAAUACUGUAUUUACUGUAUUGUAGAUAGACAUUAGAGCACGGUAGAUUUUAACACUUAUUUGAGAUGUACUGUAAAAAGGCAGCAAAGGGUGCCAUCAUCUCCGUCAGUCUUUUUUUAUUAUCAAAGACUUAUUAAUAAGUUAAUGUUUAUAUAAUAACACGUCUCUAAUUUAACUGUUUUUGUAAGUGCCUUCUGUAUUUAAUGUAUUGUUAUUGCAAAAAAAUAAGAAUGGCAAGA